AUGGAGACUGGGACAGAAGACCUGGACUACUUCCAAGAGAAAUUGUGGGUCGUCAUAGUUCUCCAGUUCAUUUUCGCAGUUUUGGGGAACGGCUUUACAAUCUACCACUUUGUGGCUUGGGAACGCACCUGGCACCCAGGCACGAUCUUCUCCUUCAACCUGGCACUCUCUGACCUGUUCUAUGCCAUCUCCUUAUUGCCCUUGGCUAGUUACUACUUCCCCCCCAAGAACUGGAGUUACGGCUGCCUUUUGUGCAAGUUGGAUCGCUUCGUCUUCUUCGUCAACUUGUACGGCAGCACCUUCUUCAUCGCUUGCAUCAGCCUGAACCGCUACAUCGCCGUCGUCCAUCCCUUCUUUGCCCGUGAGCGCGUCGAACCCUUCCACGCCAAAAUUGCCAGCGGGGUGAUGUGGUUGCUCGCGAUAGCCAUCUCGGCCCCUGUCCUUCAUUUCACCACCCUGAAUCCUAACGGUAACGCAACUCUCUGCCUCGGAAGCGCUACUAAGUCGGAAUUGCCCGCGUAUCAACCCUACAGCUGGUUCCUCCUCGCUGUGGGCUGUGGGCUGCCUUUCGUCCUGACCCUCUUUUCCUGCGUGGCCAUCGUUUGCGCGGUUAGGCGCAGCCAUGGUACCACCAGGGAUGAAAAGUGCAAAGUGAUGAUCCUGAUUUCCACGGUUGUGCUCCUUUAUGCCCUCUUUUACUGGCCCUUUCACAUCUUUCGCAAUUUGAAUUUUUAUUAUCGGGCGAAGGACAACAGGAACAAGACCAUUUACAUCACUUACCAAAUCACUAGGAUCCUAGUGAACUUCCAUGUCUGCAUCCACCCAUUCAUCUACGCAGCUCUAGCUAAGAACAUGCCCAAAAGUUGCUGUAAGGCUUUACAGAGGCAGAAACAGCUGCAAGGGAAAGAGAAGCAUCUGGAAUUGCAACCAGCCCCCUUCGAUGGCCACUGAAACCAAUGGUGAAAAUACACUUGGCUAGUAGUUAGUUUUGCUA